AUGUCGAAAGUCACUGCUGACCUAGUUAUCCUCUUCAUAUGUUGGACGUCGCUCCACCUGGUGGCCGCCAAGGAAUUUUCUCAGUUUACUUUGGACUUUUUGGAGAUUGUUACUGGUGAUUUUGACAACCGGCAACAGAUUGAAAGCGGAGGCACAGACCACGCGUUCAUUCAGUUUAGGAUAGUUCCUGCAAAUAUGCCCCUACUGCAGCCGGACACCGUGUGGUACGAUGAGUGGGCAGCGGACGGCAAGCUACUACACAUGCAGAUUGGUAUUAUUUCUGAGCUACCCAGAGACAAUAUUUUGAUUGACCUCUACAACUUCACAGAACCCAGUUUCUACAAGCCAGGAGAAUUCAAUACUUCUAGCCUGGCUGGUCUCAAGCGCGGAGAUCUCAAAAGACACAACUGCUCCGCUGUGUUUCGGAGGUUGAACAAGGAUGUCUAUGUGGGUUACUGGCCUGACUGUAGAAGUCUAGUCAGAGGGCACCAUCCCAACUACGCUGACACUUUCACUUGCCAAGAUGUGAGCAUCAUCAUUCCUCCAACCGUCGAGGAAACAUUUGCCCAGCCACCAUAUAUCUUUCAGCGGAAGGACACGAGGUACCGAUUUACGGGUCUUCCAGACACUUACGGUAACUUCUGUGGCACGAAGAACUAA